CCAACUGUCUUAGGAUAAAUGCAACAAGAAUUGCUCAAAAGAAAGAAAUAUACUCCGUACAAUAAUUACAUCACUACAAGUACCCCCAUUUCCAACACAACUAAGUGAACUAACCUUACUUUCAACAAAACAAAAAAAAGACUAACAAAACUCCUGAUGAGAAAACCAGACUUCUCAGGGCUGCUGCCUCUAAUGGCAGUGAUUCUAUUGCCCUUCUUAAGGGCAACUCCCCUAAAGAUUCCCCACAAAAACAUCACCACAGACCAAAUUGCCCUUCUUGCUCUAAAAGCCCACAUCACCCAAGACCCUACAAGCCUCUUGGCAGCCAACUGGUCCCAAACCACCUCCCCAUGCCACUGGGUUGGGGUAACCUGUGGCUCCAAGCACCAAAGGGUCACUGCCCUCAACUUGCCCCAGAUGAACCUCACGGGUACCCUCCAGCCCCACUUGGGGAACCUGUCCUUCCUCGCCCGCCUCGACCUCCGCUCCAACCGCUUCGGUGGCACGAUACCCGCCGAGUUGGCUCGGUUGCGCCGGUUGAAGCAUCUCAACUUGGGAAACAACCGCUUUCGCGGCGAAAUCCCGCCGUGGCUCGCCGCCUUCCCGCAGCUCCGGAACUUGUCUCUGAGCAACAAUGGGUUCUCGGGAGUGGUUCCUUCUGGUCUGGGGAAUCUGACCAAACUGGAGAUUUUGAUGUUGGGUGGAAAUGAUUUGGAAGGGAAGAUUCCUGCUUCUUUUGGGAAUCUCUCAAGGUUGAUUGUCUUGGAUUUGGAAAAUAAUCACCUCUCAGGCUCUCUUUCAUCAGAAAUAUUUGAUGGCCUCUCUCAAUUAUUGUUCUUAAAUUUGGGUAAGAACAAAAUUUCUGGUACAAUUCCUAGGAGUUUAUUCAAAUGCAACCGAAUCAGAAACAUCAAUUUGAAUUACAAUGAAUUGGAAGGGACGAUCCCAUUAGAAGUUGGCAACUUGACUUCCCUUAUAACCAUGGAUCUCUACAACAAUAACCUUUCAGGUGGGAUUCCAACCAUGCCACCUCAAUUGCUUCUGUUGGAUGUAUCAGAGAACAAAUUGUAUGGAGAAAUCCCUUGGUCAAUGUGCAAUAUGAGCAUGAUUAAUGUGUUAGACUUGUCUGAGAAUAAUUUGAGUGGAACUAUUCCUCCAUGUUUUGGAAACAUUAACUCCACCCUAACCCACUUGAAUCUUUACAUGAACAAUCUUUGGGGUAAAAUACCAGAUACCCUUUUCGGAAAAACCUGUGCACUAAAAGGUUUGCGCAUCAACAACAAUCACUUUGAAGGGCAAUUGCCACAAUCUUUCACCAAUUGCAAAGAUUUUCAGGUCAUUGAUUUGGGAAACAAUAUGUUCCAAGAUACCUUCCCUCACUGGCUUGGUGAUCUAAAGAAGCUACAGAUUCUUUCCCUAAGAUCCAACAGAUUCCAUGGCACCAUUGAUAACAACUCAAUGCUCCAAAUCUCUUUCCAGCAUUUGCAGAUUUUAGACCUAUCCAACAACCACUUCACUGGCCGCUUGCCCACUAAUCUCUUUGAGAACUUGGAUGCAAUCAUCAAUGGAGUUGGUUACAACGAGAACUACAUGGUUGACGAGCCGUAUGCGUGGGGCACAUAUACAGAGGAACUGAUUUACAUCAUCAUGAAAGGGUUGAAGUUGAAGUACUUUGAGAUUCCAACAACUCUAACAGUGAUUGACUUAUCGCAGAAUCGGUUCAACAAAGGGAUACCCGAGAUACUAGGAAAACUUGGGUCACUCAUAGUCCUCAAUCUGUCCCACAAUUGUCUCACGGGCCAAAUUCCUUCAUCCUUGAGUCACAUUGCAGAGCUCGAGUCUUUGGACCUCUCCUCAAACAAACUCAAUGGAAGGAUCCCCACAGAACUCGUAAAUCUCAAGUUCUUGGAGGUUUUAGACCUUUCAUGGAAUGAUCUCACUGGUCUCAUUCCUCAUGGCAAACAAUUUGACACUUUCACCAAUGAUUCUUACGUUGGAAACAUUGGUUUAUGUGGAUUUCCACUUGCAAAACGGUGCGUUGAUUAUGAUGAGAGUUUAGAACCUCCUCCACCUCCCCAAGAACUUGGAAGAUCAUCAACCAGUUGGAAAUUUCCUCUAUUGACAGGAUAUGGAUGCGGGCUAGUGUUCGGACUGAGUUUGGGUUAUCUUAUGUGCACAACGGGAAAACCGUUCUGGUUCAAUCAAUUCAUCGACAGAGUCGGUAUACGUAUUUAUCAUUACUUGAAAUACAUAUAAAAAAUAUGCAAUGGAUCAGAAUAUAAAGCAUGGAUAUCAUUAUUCCCAGAAUAAGCUUAUAUGUUCUUCUCAAUUGGGGCAAAAACCAAUCACACUUUCACUUGUUUGAUGCCUAUUUUUGAGAAACCCUGUGUAUUAACUAUCACCAAUGAUUUCAGUUCUAGUAUAAUUGUAUUACUUGUAAAAAAAGCCAAAACUUGUGUAUCAUAAGUGUAAUUGUGUAGUAAUAUCUUACAUUUUUAGUAUGAUCUACAUGUUACGUAGUAAUAUCUUACAAUUCUACAGUGGAUUUUAGUUGAUAAG